GGUUCAAUAGAGUGAACAAGAUUGACUUACCCCUUUCACGAUCACUUCUGACACUGAGGGGGCACUGAGGGGGCAGCGAUGGCGGUAUAUAAGUUGAUACAGGUUUAUCAACUUAUCACACCUCUACCUGCGAUACAUCCGCUUCACCAAAUUUGAUAACUCCUCCACUUUCCUCACCCUCCUCAUCCAAUCUUACAAUAUACCAACCAUCACAAACUUAUUCAUCCUUUAACUAUGGUCGUCAUGAGCUCCAAUCUUCCCGACUUCUCCGGCCAGACUAUCGCGAACGGUCGUUACCAACUCAUCGAGGAGUUAGGCACUGGUGCCUACGGAAGUGUGUAUCGUGCCCUCGAUGUCAAUUCUGAUCCCAACGAUCCCUCAUUUUAUGCCAUCAAGUGCUUGUCGAAGGAGGAUCUCACUCCUGAGCAGGUCGCCUAUCAGGCCCGAGAAAUUGCCAUCCACAAAAUGGUCUCGGGUUUGCCCCAUGUCCUCACGCUUCACGAAGUAGUCGAAGAAGAGCUAUAUCUUUAUUUCGUGUUGGAAUUGUGUAUGGGCGGUGAUUUGUUCAACGCCAUCACAGUGCAUCGUGCAUAUUACCGGAACAAUGCCUUGGUUAAGAAGGCAUUUGUUGAGUUGCUAGAUGGUGUAUAUGCGUGCCAUCAGAUGGGUGUUUUCCAUCGUGAUCUCAAACCUGAAAACAUUUUAUGUUUGAAGGAUGGAUCUGGCAUAUUGUUGGCAGACUUUGGUCUGGCUACAAGAAGACGAGUCUGCAAGGACUUUGGGUGUGGUAGCUCGUUUUACAUGAGCCCAGAGUGCAUCGGUCAACAAUUUGACUACCCCACAUAUUCUGCAUCCCAUAGUGAUAUUUGGUCAUUGGGUGUCAUAUUGACCAACAUGAUAUCUGGUCGUAACCCCUGGAAACUAGCCACCACAGUGGAUGAUUGCUUUUCAUCUUAUCUCCACAAUCCCGAUUUCCUUCGCGAGAUGCUACCAAUUUCCAAGGGAGCCAACGAGAUUUUGAAACGUAUCUUCACGUUGAACCCUCUCUCCCGCAUCUCUCUGCCGGAAUUGAGACAAAGAAUUUUGGAGUUGGACACAUUUUUCAUGGACGAAUGCGAGCUAGAAGAAGCUUCGGACAACGUUAAAACUGCAGAGGUCUCAUACGCCACUCGCAUCCCUGUCACCAAACUCGUUGUACACAGGGUUGCCACAGACGAUACGCUAAACGCGGAAUACGACAGUGGAUAUUCCUCUUCGUCUUCAUCGGAUAGACAUUAUCCAUACGAGAGCCCUUCGGACAACAUGGCUCCUACUCCUGUCACCAUCGCUACAUUCUCUCGAUGCAGCAGCCGCGAUAUAGCGCGUGUUGUUGUUCGGUCACAUCGCAUCGAGAACUUCAUAAUCGGGUCCGAUUCCGGCACCGGCGAGACGAGUUCAGGCGGUGAGAGCGAAGGUCCCAUCACUCCAGAAACAUAUCCUAUCGAUCCAGUCAACUCAGUUCCUGAUCUACCCGAGGGAGAGAGUUUGGACGAUUCCAUAUUUGCGGUCGAAAUGCCGGCCUACUCCAAAGAGCCUAUGGGGUUACCUAGCUUUCUUGCCAGCGCAGUGCAGAGGCUUAAUCUUGUGUAAACGGGUGUUGCUGGCAACAUUUUUUCCUUAUACCCAUAGAGCGGAAAAACAAUAUGUAUCGAUAAAAUGCGUAGAUAUGUAGGAAUUAUUUCAAAUAAAAAUACGAUUUUCAUUUA